UGGUCAAAGCUCGGGGAGGCGACUGACUCGUUGCAAAAAUUGACGGGAAACUUUGCAUCGGCGGGGAGCCGCGGAGCCUGCGGCCGGGGGUCGGUGCUCGGUGGUCGCGGGGAGACUCGGGGGAGCCCCAGGGGAGAGUCGGGGUCCCUGCUGCGUUUUUGCACAAGAGUGUUGUGAAGUGGACAAAGUGCUGGAUUUCUGCCAACAUGGUUCCACCAUGACCGAGCAGACGUUGGACCUCUGGUUCUGCGAGGAGUGCCAGGACUAUUUCCAAAAGGAGUGUCCUUCCCACGGCCCCCCGCUGUUUAUCCCUGAUACUCCCGUGACCCUGGGGUCGGCCAACAGGGCGGCACUCACAGUCCCAUCAUGCCUGGAGGUCUUCACUGAGGGAGAAGAGGUCGACGUGCGCUGUGUGGAUGUAAACAUCCCCAAGGGAGCGAUCUUUGGUCCAUACGAGGGGGAACUGGUGUCCAAGGAUAAAUCCUCUGGAUUUUACUCCUGGAUAGUGGUUGAUUGUAACAAUGCAUAUCGAUCCAUUGAUGGCAGCGAUGACACCAAAGCCAACUGGAUGAGGUUUGUCCGGACCUCAUCAGAGGAGAGCGACAGGAACCUGACAGCAUUUCAACGCGAUAAAAACAUCUAUUUCAGAGUCCAUCGGCAGCUGGUGGCAGGAGAGAAGCUGAGGGUUUGGUAUAGCGACGACUACAUCCAACGACUUCACAGUGUUUCUCAGGACAGCAUCGACCGGAACCUGGACCCAGGUCCUGAGAAGCCAGCAGUGCUGCCCAGGCCUCAGAAGGACAUUAAAGCUUCCUGUCUGCAGUCAGCUCUGCAGAGUAAACCCAGCCUCAGUAAGCAACCAGGUGAAGAAACAGACGGUCAGCCUCCUGCUAAGAAGAAGAAGAUUGACCUCAUCUUCAAAGACGUUCUCGAAGCAUCUCUGGAAGCCUCCAGCAGGUCCAGGGCCCAUCCAGCCGGACAGUCUUCUUUCCCUAGAGAGUGUAAAGUACUGGGGCUCGGCUUAGACUCCUCUGACAGCGACUUUAAUCUUCCUUCUCUGAAGGUGGAGGAGAAAGAAGAGGAGAGCCAGACCAGCGAAGAACCUUCCACCUCUUUCUGCCCCAACUGUGUCAAACUGAAAAGGAGGAUUGUGGAGUUGGAGGCGGAGCUGACCCGUCUCAGAGGAGGACAAGGAGGCACAGUGACCCCAGCCAUGUCCGAGCAGGUUCCACCCCAGCAUGAACAGGCCCCACCCCACCCUGAGCAGGGCCCUAUCGAAGAUUUUCAAGGGAUGGAGCCCCUAACGCCUAUACAAGUAGUUCUGGAUGAAGAUGAUCAGGACGUGGACUCGGCCGAUGAAUCAAUCGCUGCCGAUCUUGUGAUUUCUCCCGAUGACUCCUCCAAGCUUUCUUCUGGAUCAGGCCGACGGAUUCGCCGCUUCAAGCAGGAGUGGUUAAAAAAAUUCUGGUUCCUUCGCUACUCACCGACCCUCAAUGAGAUGUGGUGCCAUGUCUGCCGCCAGUACACUGUGCAGUCAUCCCGCACUUCAGCCUUCAUCAUCGGCUCUAAACAGUUUAAGAUCCAUACCAUCAAGCUCCACAGCCAGAGCAAUCUUCAUAAAAAGUGUCUGCAGUUGUACAAGCUGCGCAUGCAUCCAGAAAAGACGGAGGAGAUGUGUAAGAACAUGAUGCUGCUGUUCAAUGCAGCAUACCACCUUGCCCUGGAGGGACGACCCUUCUCCGACCUCCGUCCACUAGCAGAGCUGCUGAAGAAGUGUGAGCUUAAAGUGGUAGACCAGUACAUGAAUGAGGGAGACUGUCAGAUCCUCAUCCACCACAUUGCCAGGGCAUUAAAAGAAGACCUUGCUGAAAAGAUACGUCUCUCUCCAUACCUAAGCGUCAUCAUGGAUGCCCAGAAUGAUGACCUUUUUUCAGACACUGUGGCAGUCUAUGUCCAGUUCACCACCAGUGAGGGCUUCCCUAGUACAGAGUUCCUGUCCCUGCAGAGACUGGGCAUUUCCAGUGUGGAUGGCUAUCUCCAGGCCAUGGAUCGGGCCUUCAGUGUGUUGGGACUUAGGUUACAGGACAUGCUGGUGGUCGGUCUGGGGGUGGACGGUACUAAUAUCUCCUCAGGAAUGAGAGCCAACCUGUAUAUCGCUAUUCAGAAGACUUUUCCCUGGAUCCUCUGUCUUCCCGUCAUGAUCCACCGGCCUCAUCUCGAGGUGCUAGAUGCCAUCAGUGGGAAGGAGCUGUCCUGUCUGGAGGACUUGGAAAACAACCUGAAGCAACUUCUCAGCUUUUACCGCUACUCCCCUCGAAUGAUGGCUGAGCUCCGAUCUACAGCCCCAACACUUUCGGAAGAGACAGAGUUCCUAGGAGACAUCAGGGCAGUGCGGUGGAUCAUAGGGGAACCAAAUGUCCUUAAUGCCCUCAUCAAAGAUUACCUGGAGGUGGUUGCCCAUCUUAAAGAGAUCAGCAGCCAGACACAGAGAGCUGAUGCUUCAGCCAUUGCUCUUACCCUCCUCCAGUUUCUCAUGGACUACCAAUCAGUGAAGCUCAUCUAUUUCCUCCUGGACAUCAUAGCUGUUCUCUCACGCUUAGCCUUAAUCUUCCAGGGAGACUACUUGUUGGUGUCACAGGUUGAUGCUAGAAUAGAGGAGGCCAUUCAGGAGAUCGGUCACCUGGUAGACUGCCCUGGAGAGUAUCUGCAAGAAUUUGAGGAAAAUUUCCGUGAAAGUUUCAAUGGUGUUGCCCUGAAGAACCUCCGUGUCGCUGAGUCCAAGUUUCAGUCCAUCCGAGAAAAGAUCUGCCACAGGAGCCAGGGUAUCCUGUCUCAGAGGCUGGACCUGCAGAGCCGCUCCAUUGCCAAAGCCUGUAAGGUUCUGGACCUGUCCACCUGGCCUCACAACCGGGAAGACUUACAAGCCUAUGGGGAGGAGGAAAUCUUGCUGAUAUUUGACCAUCUGGACUCGAUUCCCUCAGCAGGUCAGGAUGGUUCCCAGGCCAGGACGGAGGCCAGGGGCAGCCUGGUGGUGGAGUGGAGGGAUCUGAAGGCAGACUACUACAGUAUGAAUGGCUUCAAAGAAGUCAUCAGUCACAUCUGCCGGUAUAAGCAGCGUUUUCCGCUGCUGAAUCGGAUCAUGCAUAUUGUUAGGGUCCUGCCCAGUUCCACGGCCUGCUGUGAUAAAGGCAGAGUUUCUCUGCAGAAGAUGUGUAAGAACAAUCGUUCCCGGCUGACCCUGGAACAGAUUAAUGAUCUGCUGACCUUGGCUGUAAAUGGACCGCCCAUCAGUAACUUUGAUGGAAAGCGAGCACUGGAUAGCUGGUUUGAGGAAAAGUCUGGUAACAGUUACUCGCUUUCAACUGAAGUACUAAACAGGAUGUCGGCUGCAGAACAGAAAUCUGUCUUGCACAGCGUUGAUGUCAACACAGAGUUCUACCCCGACAUCUAAUUGGCAAACCUCUCUCUAAAAGCCAUCCACAAUCGGCAGGACCUCCAAUUUGAAAUUUUCCCAGAUUGGGAAUUCCGGUCAUGAAUCCGUUUUUCCAUUCUGAUUACUACCAUUGACUGACUGAGUUUUUAGUUUAUCCCCUCAAACUGAGGGCUACCGAGUGAAUUGCCAUAGCAGCCUACUGGCCCUGCUGGAACAAAAAACUUGUUGCCAGAAUGGCACCAAUUUUUAAAUUGGGAAUAAGGUUUGUGUUAUUACGUUUUGCUGUCUGUGCUAUUGAGCUGCUCUCUGCUUUAACUGUCUUGCCAUUGGAAAAAGUCAUUUAGUGCCUGGCAGGAAUGACAAAGCUAGACUAAGACAUAUAUAACGGAGAGAAAGAUUGUAGGCUAUAUAUUUCUAUUUGAAAUGCAUAGAAAUCUGCUGUAUAUACUGUAUAAAUUGUAUAUAUUGUAUAUGCAUUUGAGCCUGUUUUUAAGGGAAGUAUUUUUCUUCUGAAUUUGAUGAUUGUGCCAUAAUGCUCAAAUGCAAGAACUAAAAAAAAAGGUGCUACCUUGCUAUGCCACGUGCUGCCAUAUCAGAUGUUGUCUAGAUGUUUAUUGCGGCAACAUAUAAUUAUGUAAAUACUUUUUAAAUGUCUCUAAAAUUGGAAAGAAUAUAUGAUUUCCAUGCUACUUUUAACUGAUGCAUUGAUUUAAUCUUUGGAUAUUUCCAGUGUGGUAAUCACCAUGUAGGCCAAAGCUAAGGCUUCAAAGGAUUUUCAAGCUCAAAAUACAUUAGUUUAAAAUUGCAUGAUGGUAUUUCAACUGUUCUUGCUUUCAGGAUAUAUUAAAGUAGUAUAAAAUUAUUAAGAUGCCUUUUGAUAAGUUAUGCUGAAACAAGGCUCUCCAGGCCACUGGCUGAGACAGGCUAACAUCUGCAGGCACAAGUUUACUUCUGCUUUAUUUUUAUACAAAUAAUGGUUAAAUUUGCUUUAUGUCCUUAAGUUUAUGAUUGUUACAACUUAUUGUAAGUUUUACUUUUAUUACCAUUGAAAAAUGGCAAUGUUGAAAAAAGAAAUUCAAUCCUGUAUUAAUGCCUUCAUUCUUAUUAUGGUUAGCACAUUUUGCAUGUUGUUAUUGUAUGCAUGUAUACUAUAAAAAACCAACAUGUUUUGAAACCAUAAUAUUUUUUUGAUGCAAGGCGUAUCGUGCCUUGCAUCAGUGUUUAACAGCUGUUAAUGAAUGCUGGUCGGAUGUAAUGUCAGACCAGUGAGCUAGAUGAUGACAUGAAUGUUUUUCUACAUGAUUCAUCUAUAAACUCAAUCUGCUGAGCAGCCGUACAACAGGGGGCUUGAUGGGGAUAAAAGACUGUUGGUUCAAUCACAUUUGAUUUUUAUUGCUGUGGUCACAAUCCAAAAAUAUUUGACUUAUGAAUGCCAAUAUUUUAUGCUAUGCCUUAUAUGUGUUUUAUAGGCUGGUCUUGUUUGUACCAGCUUUUGGCUGAUUGUAAUCUGAUUUAAGAGCUGAAUGGCGUUGACUUUAUGUUUUAUGUUUCCUUUACUGUGAGAAUUUUUAGUGCUGGAGUUGGUUAUAGAUGAACCAAAAGCAAUCUGUGGCAGCCUGUUUUCUUUGUUCAUUGUUUCCUAUUUCUUAUGCUUAAAAAUACAUUCUAAAAUAUCCAUUUCAUCUGAUGUAGUUUUGUCAGCCAUUAACUGUUCUGGGCGGUAUGUCUUAACGCUGCUGUCUGUAGAGUAAUGUUGUUUCACUGUGCUGGCCAACUGUAACAUGGCAACAAAGGUUAUUUCCAAAGAGUAAUGCAUUAUAACUUUCCUUUCUGACAAAGUAUAUUACAGUAUUAUUUUGUGCAGGGUAAAGUUUUAUGUAGAGGACAUACAUUUCCUUAAGACCCAAAGUACUGGGUGUGUUAAAGCAGUAACAUCAUAACAGAAAUGUCACAGCAGAGUUACAUCUCAGCACAAUGACACAGCUUCAGUUUCAGCUCAAUUAUGUCCCUUUCCUGUAUGAGAUCUCACAGUUUUCCUGUCUCUGCUGUGAACUAUCAAAAGUUAAAAGUGCCAAAAUAACAGAACAAAAAACAGGCUACUGAAUAUAAAUGUGCCAAUUUUGGAACAACAAAUUCCUU